UCAGAACGUCCCCGGGAGCCGAGCCAGAGCGAGCGCCGGAGCCUGGCGCGCAGGAGUGAAAAGGAGGCGGCGGCCGGGGCUGCGAGCAACAGAUCCGAGCGCUGCGAGCAGACCUGCUCUGCUAUUUGGCGAUUCUUAUUUUUUUUUAAUUUCAAAAAAUUUUAUUAAAUUUAAAAAUCUUGCAUUUUUCAAUGGCGCUGGCCCCGGGUCAGCGGGUGGUUUUCUCUGCAUCAAGAUGGGCUUUGCCGUUUCCGUCGUGGGCAUUAGUGGUGGCCUGAUUGUCAGUUUUCUCCGGGCAUUUUUAAGGCCAGGAGCCGAGCGCUGUAUGUAGACGAAUAACCUUACUGAGCGGUUUGGUUCCUUAAAUUAUUAUUAUUAUUUUUGGCAUAGAACAGCCAAUCUCGUGAACUCCGUCCUCUGCAGAAGAGGCUGCGAGCCGGAGGUGCGUCGCUCGGAGGCGCGUAGCUCGGAGGCGGGUCGCUCGGAGGGUGAAAUUCCUCCCGGGGUGAGCGAGCUUCGACCCCGUGCGCAGUCCAGGCGGCCCCGAUUGUGUGUCCUCUCCCUGCCGGCGCCGGGAAAAUGGAGGCUGUGAUUGAGAAGGAAUGCAGCGCGCUCGGAGGCCUCUUCCAGACCAUCAUCAGCGACAUGAAGGGGAGCUAUCCAGUUUGGGAAGAUUUCAUAAACAAAGCAGGAAAGCUACAGUCCCAGCUUCGGACAACAGUAGUAGCAGCAGCUGCCUUCUUGGAUGCCUUUCAGAAAGUGGCUGACAUGGCUACCAACACACGUGGUGGCACCAGGGAGAUCGGAUCUGCUCUAACCAGGAUGUGCAUGAGACACAGAAGCAUAGAAGCCAAGCUGAGGCAGUUUUCCAGUGCUUUAAUUGAUUGCCUGAUAAACCCACUUCAAGAACAGAUGGAAGAAUGGAAGAAAGUGGCCAACCAGCUGGAUAAAGACCAUGCAAAAGAAUAUAAAAAAGCUCGUCAAGAGAUAAAAAAGAAGUCCUCAGAUACAUUGAAACUGCAGAAGAAAGCAAAAAAAGUGGACGCUCUGGGGAGAGGUGAUAUCCAGCCUCAGUUGGACAGUGCCCUCCAAGAUGUCAACGAUAAAUAUCUCUUGUUGGAAGAAACCGAGAAGCAGGCAGUGCGCAAGGCUCUGAUUGAAGAGCGUGGCCGGUUCUGCACCUUCAUCUCUAUGCUGCGGCCAGUGAUUGAAGAAGAAAUCUCGAUGCUUGGGGAAAUCACGCACCUUCAGACCAUAUCAGAAGAUCUGAAGAGCCUGACCAUGGACCCCCACAAACUGCCCUCGUCAAGCGAGCAGGUAAUUUUGGACUUGAAAGGUUCUGAUUACAGUUGGUCUUAUCAGACGCCCCCAUCUUCCCCCAGUACCACCAUGUCCAGAAAGUCAAGUGUCUGCAGCAGCCUCAACAGUGUCAACAGCAGUGACUCGCGCUCCAGCGGCUCCCACUCGCACUCCCCCAGCUCGCAUUACCGCUAUCGCAGCUCCAACCUGCCCCAGCAGGCGCCCGUGAGGCUGUCCAGCGUGUCCUCCCAUGACUCAGGCUUCAUCUCCCAGGAUGCCUUCCAGUCCAAGUCACCAUCUCCCAUGCCACCGGAGACCCCCAACCAGAACUCGUCCAGCUCGGCCUCCUCGGAAGCCUCCGAAACCUGCCAGUCAGUGAGCGAGUGCAGCUCCCCCGCCUCGGUCAGCUCGGGCUCCACCAUGGGUGCCUGGGCAUCCACAGAGAAGUUGUCUAACGGGUUUUAUCACUGUAGUUUAUCAAGUGAGUCCCAUGCGGGGCCCGUGGGUGCUGGGCUUUUCCCUCACUGCCUGCCUGCCUCCCGCCUGCUCCCGCGGGCCACCUCUGCCCACCCUCCAGACUACGCUCAUUAUCACACCAUUGGGCCCGGCAUGUUCCCGUCAUCUCAGAUCCCUAGCUGGAAGGACUGGGCUAAGCCAGGGCCCUACGACCAGCCUCUCGUGAACACCCUGCAGCGCCGCAAAGAGAAACGCGAGCCGGACCCCAGCGGAGGGGGACCUGCUACCACGGGUGGCGCACCUGCAGCCGCCGAGGAGGCCCAGAGGCCACGGAGCAUGACCGUGUCCGCAGCCACCAGGCCUGGCGAGGAGCUGGAGGCAUGCGAGGAGCUGGCCCUGGCUCUGACACGGGGCCUCCAGCUCGACACGCAGAGGAGCAGCCGGGACUCACUUCAGUGCUCCAGCGGCUACAGCACCCAGACGACCACCCCGUGCUGUUCGGAGGACACCAUUCCCUCCCAAGUUUCAGAUUACGAUUAUUUCUCCGUGAGUGGUGACCAGGAGGCCGAGCAGCCGGAGUUUGACAAAUCCUCCACCAUUCCGAGGAACAGCGACAUCAGCCAGUCCUACCGGCGCAUGUUCCAAGCCAAGCGCCCGGCCUCGACUGCCGGCCUCCCCAGCACGCUCGGACCUGUCGCCGUCACCCCGGGGGUGGCAACAAUCCGACGGACCCCUUCCACCAAGCCUUCCGUGCGCCGGGGGGCCAUCGGAGCGGGUCCCAUCCCCAUCAAGACCCCGACCGUCCCAGAGCUCCCCGGGGUGUUGCCAGCCCCCCCAGAUGGGCUGGAGGAGCGGGGUGAGCACAGCCCCGAGUCGCCGUCCGGGGGGGAGGGCCCCCCGGGGGCCGUCAGCAUGCCCUCCUCCCUGUGGCGCGGCCAAGCCUCUGUCAACCCCCCACCUCCAGGCCCGAAGCCGAGCAUCCCCGAGGAGCACAGACAGGCGAUUCCGGAAAGCGAGGCCGAAGACCAGGACGGGGAGGCCUCGGGUGCCGCGGCCUCCCCAGGCCAGACCCCGGAGGGCGACCCCGCGGACCUGAGCCCCAGGGAGGCGCCGCAAGGAGAAGACAUGCUGAACGCCAUCCGCAGGGGCGUGAAGCUGAAGAAGACGCUCACCAACGACCGCUCCGCCCCGCGCCUCUCCUAGGCGCACGGGAACGCCGCCACGGGAGCGAACUGUGUGAUUAACAAAACCUAAUGUGGCUCGAUCCAUUCCAAUCGAUAUAAUCAAACAAAAGAUUUUGUAGGCAACUCAGAAUACAGCUCUUUUGAAACUACUCGACACCUUUAGAUAAGAAUUAAAGGCAACCCGUGUAACUGAUAUAAUCUCAAUCUUUUCAUUUGUAAAUAUUGAGUUUUCUUUCUGCACAUUUUAAUCUUCGUUUCCCUUUUGAUUUUUCUGAAGGUGCCAAAUUCCAUUUAACUUUUUUAUAAGUCUUUGUAAAAUUUUAAAUGCAUAAGGGGGGGUGGGGUGGGACAGGGGAACCACAAAGCAGUUAACUUCAGCAGUUAGCUCUUUUUUCUCUCUCUCUCUCUCUGCCUCUCUCUCCUGCCUCUCUCUCCAUCUUCUUUUUUUCUUUCUGCAAGCUUUUGUAGAUGCAUUGUAGUUGUCUGGCUUAGAAGCAAAUUCAAGUUAUUUUAAUGUACAGACAAAAUGGAAAAGGGGGUAUCCUCAUUUAUAUAGACUAUGUUCUGGAUGAAAAAGGCAGGAAUACAAGUUGAUGAGCAAUAUUUAUGAAGUAAAUCUGGAGAUGGAAGAGCGCACUGGGACUGGGGGAGGGCUGUGGGAGGGGCACACUGUCAACAUAGCUGAUCCUGUUACGUUUAAGGGUAGCCUCGUAGGUUGCGUUUCUAGUAGCUUCAUGGUAAAUGCAUCUGAAUAAGCCAUACUGGAUUGCAGUGUUUGUUUCUGUAGGAUGUUUAAGGACUUCCUUUCUCCCACGAUUCCUCUUGACUGCACAUAGCGCCCACCUUCAGCCCCGAGCAUGCUGCUGCCACUGGCUAGACCUAGAAUUCCCCUUCUUUAGUUUCUUGUCUAUUGUACUCACUUUCAUUCAAUCCAAAUACAUCCAGAAGGAUAAGGCAGUUUUUAAAAUGUGAAAACAUUGUAAAUGAUAGCAGGGAAUUCUUAGAUAUAGCAAAUGCCUUUUACUUAACUGUGCCCAGCAGGCUGGGCACAUUGAAAAGCCCAAAUAUUUUGAAAAAACUUGAGCAGAUUUAACAAGGGUAACCAGCUUGGAGUCUAGCAACUUGCCAAUGUGUUUACCAAUCUGGGGGCUUGUUUUUCUUUUCUUUUAAAUAAAUGGCAGUUAAUUGGCAUCAUACUAAACAUUGAAGAGAGGAUUUAUUGUCACUGGGAAUCUGACCACUAUACUGUCUCUGUUUUAUCUUUUUUUUUUUUAAAUCGUAUUCUAAGUAAUAGGUUUUUUUGGAAUGGAUUUGUAUCUUUCUUUUUUAAAUGAAAAUUAGUUAUAAUACCCAUCCCCUAAGGCCAAUAGAGAUUUGUAGGCUUAAAGGGCUCACAAUUUGGAGAAGACAACUGUGUUUUAAAAGGAAAGAAACCUGCUCAGCAGAGUCGGGUCAGUUGAAAGUGCAUGUUUGUGUCUGUACCACUCCAGGGGGUCCCACAGAGCCUGCAGAUUCCUGUUGGCUCCAGGCUUCAAUGACAUAAUAUUAUGCUUUAACACAUAGCUGCAUUGGAUGUGCCAUCCCUGUAUAGUCAUUGUUCUGUAUAUUAACAUUUAACACUGCUGUGAUUGCUCAAGGACAUUUUAUGUUAUUAUGGCUCUAAAGCAAAGGCAUGAUUAUUAGGAACUAUUUAAGCUUUUUUUUCCUUUGAAAAACAAGCUCCUUUUCAGAAUAUAAGCAACAGUAGUGCCUGUGGUUUAGCCCACCAAUCCUGAUGACUAAAAGUAGCUGAUGCAUUGUGCAUAUGAUGCUUGAGAUGGUUUUUGCAAAAGCAGAAAUCACUGCAAGGUAAUUACAAUAGAUAAAAGUGGUAUUUUAAACGUUUGAAAUAAAUGGAUGUAACUGUACCUUGGUACAGCUUUUCAGUUGUUUAGUUUUUAAACGUUAGUAUAAACUGAAUAAAUUUAAUAUAAAAUGUUGCCAAAUUCAAUGUAGAAAGAAUGUGACAAAACAUCUUGGGUAGUUCCAUUUGUGUUUUUUGCAUAUUGUAAAAGCAGUGUCACAGCUAAAAAUAAAUCGUUUCUAAAGGUAAAUUAUUGUGGUUUAGUUGCUAGUUUGUACUGAGAGUUGACCUCUCCCUGUGAGUUUUUUGUUCUAAACUUGUAUAAAUAACAAUUGUGUAACGUGUCUCCCUUCUACAUUGUAACAAUUGCUUCAGCUUAUAUUAUAAAUAAAGAACCACUAGAAAAAGAUG